ACCUUAUACAUUUAUACUUCUAUCUCUUUUUUCAGGCCAUGGAAAUCACAACGAGGACAGUCCUUUCCUCAGCAGUGCAGAUGCUGUCAAGAGGACUGAUUUCUAUGACAGGAACCUGGCCUUAUUUGAGGUCAGUGAGCAAGUCUUCUGUUUUUAAAGUAACAGUCCAGUGUUUCCAGAUUUCUAUGAAAUAUGACCUAUAAUUAAUUACAAUAUGAGUGAAAUUGUUUUCCUAUGUUAAAAAGCAGCUUUUUUGUGUUGGAAUGGUGUGGGCAUACCCCAACAACAGAAUGAUUUGGGCGUAUACCGGUCAUAAAAAAUAUUAAUGCGAGUAGACCGCUGAAUGGCCAGCUCAUCCUCCUCAGGAGGAUGACAUCAUCCUCUAUGAGGAAAUGGCAAGCAUUUUUGAAACGGUCUGUUUGAGAUCCAAGUUUGAGGUGGGUGUUUCUGGCCACAAAAUAGGAGUAUAGGAUGAAUCAACACAUUUUUUUGGGUAUGAGUUAACAGAAUAUGGACUUUUAAAAGUGAGAUUUUCACUGGACAGUUACUUUAAGACUGGCUCUCAGUGACACUGAUACUGAUACAUGACAUGAUUAUACACAACAUGUCACAUGUUUUAACAUCAAUAUUUGCUAGUCUCAACUGCCUAGAUUGAUCGAUCACUAGAUAGACCACCACUCCUCCAACAAAUACAGUGCAGGCACAGAUUCAGUUCCUUACACUGCACUAUAAUACCCUUUUACUGUUGGCUAUAGCACCCUAAAGACACAUCAGGUACCCACCCACCUCUAACUAUUCCCUGUCCUGCUGUCCCUGUCCUGCAGGAGGAGUUGGACAUCCGUCCCAAGGUGUCGUCUCUCCUCAGCCGGCUGGUCAACUACACCAACAUUACCCAGGGGGCCAGGGAGCACGAGGAGGCCGAGAACACAGGGACGUCACUCAGGAAGGCCCCAAAGGUCAGAAGUCACAAAGACUGGAGAAAAACUACCUCUCUUUCUUUUCAGAUUCAAACAGGCUUUAGUCUCUCUCUCUCUACCCCUCCCCCUCUGUCUCUGCGCAUGUUUGGAUCUGAGCUUGCAUGCGUGUGCUUUGGGUUGUGUUGGUGCCUGUUUGUUACAGGCUGUGCCCUGUGGGCCCCCUGGUGAGAAUUGAUCAAUAUUUUACCUGAUCAAUACUUCUUGUCAAUUAGCUAUUUCCUGUGGGUCUAUCUGUGCUACAUACCAUAUACAGAAACACAAAAACAUAGACACUGAAACACACUAUACACACUGAAAUACACUGAAACACACUACACACACAAAUAUGGGAAACUACAGCAGUGCUAUCACUCAUCUGUUUUCUGUCUUCUUUCUGUUGCUGUUUAUGUUUGAUUCCUGCACCCUUCCUGAUUGAUGUUAGAUAUCAAUUAUAGUUAAUGUGAAUUUCUCUUCCUCUCUCACUCUCUCUGUCUGUUCUCUCUUUAUCUCUCUCUGUUCUCUCUCUCUCUCUCUCUCUCUCUCUCUCUCUCUCUCUCUCUCUCUCUCUCUCUCUCUCUCUCUCUCUCUCUCUCUCUCUCUCUCUCUCUCUCUCUCUCUCUCUCUCUCUCUCUCUCUCGCUGUCUCUGUCUCACUUCAUGUCUCUCUCUCUGCAGUCACCCAACAUGGGUACCCUGAUGGGAGUCUACCUGCCCUGUCUACAGAACAUCUUUGGUGUCAUCCUGUUCCUUCGUCUAACGUGGAUCGUGGGCACAGCCGGCAUCGUCCAGUCAUUCCUCAUCGUCCUCAUGUGCUGCUCAUGUGUUAGUACACACACACAUUGUGGAUGCACACACACACACAGGCACACUCACAUGCACACAUGCACGCACGCACACACACACACACACACACAUACACACGGUCUGGCAAUGUUAGAAGACCAUUGACACUCUGUUCUUGUCCACUUGCCAAACCCCUUGUUAAAACUGGGUAACCAGCCAGUCUGCCAGUUAACAUUACUAGGCUGAAUAAAACCCACAGCAUUUCAAUCAAUUUACAUAUCCUGCUGUUUACUCCAAAGGAAAUGUAAUGUAUUUGUGGUUCAUGUCUCAACCAUUCCAAUAUGAUUUAUGAAUUAUGUCCAGUUGUGCAAUGACAAGUGAUGUCUCUAAUGCUAAGUGUGUUUAUUAUGUGGAUAAAGAGCUCAGCGUAUUGGUUGAUUGGCACAACAGAAAACAUCCAGAACUCUCUCACAAAGACUGACCUUAUUUUAUGGUGUUCAUAUUCUCUCCUCUUUUACAGACAAUGCUCACUGCCAUAUCCAUGAGUGCCAUAGCUACAAAUGGUGUUGUCCCAGGUGAGGGUACAGUACAAGCGUUGAAGAUUGAGAAUCCAAACUUAAAUGUUACACUUAAAACACUUUAGUUGUAACAGUUACAUAAACAUGACAUUAACAAGAUAAUGUAAUUGUUAAUUACAUUAAUAACAAAUUAACCAAUUAUCACACCGUCAGUCUAUUCUGACAUCAGACCAGUUUCAUCCAUAUUAACUCUGUUCUGCUCUGUUAUAGCCGGAGGGGCGUACUUCAUGAUCUCUCGUUCCCUGGGUGCUGAGUUUGGUGGGGCUGUAGGAAUCUGUUUCUAUCUGGGAACAACCUUCGCUGCUGCCAUGUACAUACUGGGAGCUAUAGAGAUCUUCCUGGUGAGUUAUCUGUUGCUCCCAAAUGGCACCCUAUUCCCUAUUUAGUGCACUACUUUUGAUCAGGGCCUAUAGUAGUGCACUAUGUAGGGAAUAGGGUGCCAUUUGGGAUGUAACCAAAAAAACGCAGUAAAAUAGGUCAAUGUACUCAAUCAUAUUGAGAUGGAAUAACUUACAUGUAAAAAAUGGGAUCAAAUAACAUCAGAUGAACAGAAAUUUGAUCCAUGUAAUGUUACUGUUGUAGACUGUAGUAUAUGACUGAUAUUUGUAUAUUCGGAGUACUCAAAAUAGAUACAUAUAAAGUGAAAGACGUCUGUUCUGACCUUAUAGCGAGUUGUAGAAGUCAUUAUAAGUGCAUUAAGAAUACACAUAUAAGGCAUUAUAUGUGUGUUCCCAGUGGUGGAAAAAGUACCCAAUUGUUAUACUUGAGUAAAAGUAAAGAUACCUUAAUAGAAAUGACUCAAGUAAAAGUGAAAGUCACCCAGUAAAAUACUACUUGAGUAAAAGUCUAAAAGUAUUUGGUUUUAAAUAUACUUAAGUAUCAAAAGUAAAUGUAAUUGCUAAAAUAUACUUAAGUAUCAAAAGUAAAAGAAAAGUAUAAAUCAUUUCAAAUUCCUUAUAUUAAGCAAACCCAAAACAAUUAGCCAGGAGCACGCUCCAACACUCAGACAUAAUUUACAAACGAAGUACAGUGGCUUGCGAAAGUAUUCACCCCCAUUGGCAUUUUUCCUAUUUUGUUGUCUUACAACCUGGAAUUAAAAUGGAUUUUUGGGGGUUUGUAUCAUUUGAUUUACACAACAUGCCUACCACUUUGAAGAUGCAAAAUAUUUUUUAUUGUGAAACAAACAAGAAAAAAUACAAAAAAACGUGCACAACUAUUCACCCCCCAAAGUCAAUACUUUUGUGACGAGUACUGAGGAUACGAAGAGGCAGGAUGCAGACGCAGGAAUCAACAAUGUAAAGGUUUACUUAACACUGAGCAAGAGAACAACAAGACACUAACAAUCACACACAACACCGAACAGUCCAGGGCUAUAUAGGGGUGGUGAUGAGAUGAUGAGGUGCAGGUGCGCUGGAGGAGAUUAGGGUGCAUUGGGUUUCCAUUCCGGUGUUGCCGAGGUGGUGUGCUCAGACCGGUGGCUCAGUAGACCGGUGUCAUGUGAAUUUCUAUCUCUAAUUCAACCUAAGCUUGAAUCAUUACCAGAGGUUGUAAGGCUCUGGUUUUAAUCAUCAAUGAUUCAAGGUCCACAACCACGAAGAAGGAUUUUUUGUAUGUUUAUUCAUGGAGAGCUCUGGGGACAAAGACCCAAACAUACGAUUUUAUACCUCCUGAACUUGACUCCUCCCACCUUUAGGUGGGUUUUCUAAACAGUUUCCGCCUUCCCCCUUGAAUGUUUAGUACCGCCCCCUCUGUUAGUUGUUUGACACUACAUGAUAAUUCUAACAUUUAUACUGUAUUUGGGGUGAAAUCCUUUAGUCAUUAUUCUUAAAAUCCAAAUUAAUCUAACAACCGGCUAAUCAGAGCGCCGGAGGGGAGCAACGGGAGGAGACGUGACAACUUUGUAGAGCCACCUUUUGCAGCAAUUACAGCUGCAAGUCUCUUGGGGUAUGUCUCUAUAAGCUUGGCACAUCUAGCCACUUGGAUUUUUGCCCAUUCUUCAAGGCAAAACUGCUCCAGCUCCUUCAAGUUGGAUGGGUUCCGCUGGUGUACAGCAAUCUUUAAGUCAUACCACAGAUUCUCAAUUGGAUUGAGGUCUGGGCUUUGACUAGGCCAUUCCAAGACAUUUAAAUGUUUCCCCUUAAACCACUCGAGUGUUGCUUUAGCAGUAUGCUUAGGGUCAUUGUCCUGGUGGAAGGUGAACCUCCGUCCCAGUCUCAAAUCUCUGGAAGACUGAAACAGAUUUCCCUAAAGAAUUUCCCUGUAUUUAGCGCCAUCCAUCAUUCCUUCAAUUCUGACCAGUUUCCUAGUCCCUGCCGAUGAAAAACAUCCCCACAGCAUGAUGCUGCCACCACAAUGCUUCUCUAUGGGGAUGGUGUUCUCGGGGUGAUGAGAGGUGUUGGGUUUGCGCCAGACAUAGCGUUUUCCUUGAUGGCCAAAAAGCUCAAUUUUAGUCUCAUCUGACCAGAGUACCUUCUUCCAUAUGUUUGGGGAGUCUCCCACAUGCCUUUUAGCGAACACCAAAUGUGUUUGCUUAUUUUUUUCUUUAAGCAAUGGCUUUUUUCCGGCCACUCCUCCGUAAAGCCCAGCUCUGUGGAGUGUACGGCUUAAAGUGGUCCUAUGGACAGAUUCUCCAAUCUCCGCUGUGGAGCUUUGCAGCUCCUUCAGUGUUAUCUUUGGUCUCUUUGUUGCCUCUUUGAUUAAUGCCCUCCUUGCCUGGUCCGUGAGUUUUGGUGGGCAGCCCUCUUUUCGCAGGUUUGUUGUGGUGCCAUAUUCUUUCAAUUUUUUAAUAAUGGAUUUAAUGGUGCUCCGUGGGAUGUUCAAAGUGUUGGAUAUUUUUUUAUAACUCAACCCUGAUCUGUGCUUCUCUGCAACUUUGUCCCUGACCUGUUUGGAGAGCUCCUUGGUCUUCAUGGUGCCGCUUGCUUGGUUGUGCCCCUUGCUUAGUGGUGUUGCAGACUCUGGGGCCUUUCAGAACAGGUGUAUAUAUACAUGUGACAGAUCAUGUGACACUUAGAUUGCACACAGGUGGAUUUUAUUUAACUAAUUAUGUGACUUCUGAAGGUAAUUGGUUGCACCAGAUCUUAUUUAGGGGCUUCAUAGCAAAGUGGGUGAAUACAUAUGCACGCACCACUUUUCCGUUAUUUAUCUUUUAGAAUUUUUUGAAACAAGUUAUUUUUUUCAUUUCACUUCACCAAUUUGGACUAUUUUGUGUAUGUCCAUUACAUUAAAUCCAUAUAAAAAUCCAUUUAAAUUACAGGUUGUAAUGCAACAAAAUAGGAAAAACGGCAAGGGGGAUGAAUACUUUUGCAAGGCACUGUAUGUGUUUAGUGAGUCCACCAGAUCAAAGGCAGUAGGGAUGACCAGGGAUGUUCUCUUGAUAAGUGUGUGAAUUAGACCAUUUUCCUGUCCUGCUAAGCAUUCAAAAUGUAACGAGUACUUUUGGGUGUCAGGGAAAAUGUAUGGAGUAAAAUGUACAUAAUUUUCUUUAGGAAUGUAGUGAAGUAAAAGUAAAAGUUGUCAAAAAUAUAGAUAGUAAAGUAAAGAUACCAAAAAAACUACUUAAGUAGUACUUUCAAGUAUUUUUACUUAAGUACUUUACACUUUACACCAUUGUGUGUGCCUCACAGAAAGUGUACUUACUUAAAUUACUUCUGUUGUCAUUGUCCUCUCCCAGAAAUACCUGGUCCCCCAGGCGGCCAUCUUCCACGCCAGCGACCACCACGGGGGCGACAGUGCCAUCCUCAACAACAUGAGGGUCUACGGCACCAUCUGUCUCAGUCUCAUGGCCGUGGUGGUUUUUGUGGGGGUGAAAUACGUCAACAAGCUGGCCUCUCUCUUCCUGGCCUGUGUCAUUAUCUCUAUUGUCUCCAUCUACGCCGGGGCCAUCAAGUCCAUUUUCCAACCGCCCGACUUCUCGUAAGGCACUGUGUAUUUGUUGACUUCUUUGUCUAAACAGGAAAUGGGGAUAAUGGUAUAAUUUGUGUGGAUUUAAUUUGGUGUUAAUGAUUGUUCAGUUUUUCCCCAACGGAAGCCAAGACACUUGUUGUUCCGCUGGCUGGAAUGGUCCAGGGAGAUAUAAUUGUAUUUCCAUUGUUGAACUUUGUCCUAAAGAUGUAGCUACUGUACGCAUACUGUAAAUGUUUUUCAGUGUAGCUAUAAUGUAGCUAAUAUUUGAUCUAACGUAGAGUGAAAACACAGAUAUUAUCAUCACAUUAUCAUGACAUGUUUUCAUCACUCUGUUGAUAAUCAUAACCAAUAAUAUCCCUCUUUCUCCAGGAUCUGUAUGUUGGGUAACAGGACAUUGGUGAGAGAUCAGUUUGACGUGUGUAGUAAGACGGUUCUACAGGGCAAUGUGACUGUAGCUAGUCAGCUGUGGAGGAACUUCUGUAGCUCUGGCAACAUAAGUAGUCCUCAAUGUGACGACUACUUCAACCAGAACAACGUUACAGAGAUACAGGGAAUACCAGGACUGGCCAGCGGCAUCAUCAGCGGUAAGGACCAUAGUUGUAAUGAUAUGGCUAUUACCACACUGGGUGAAGUCUAGGAUACAGAUCUAGGAUCAGCUUCCCCCUCCCACAAUCCUAACCUUAACCAUUAAUGGGGGGAAAUGUAUAACUGACCCAAUAUUAGCGUCUAGGGGCAAAUUCACUCUUUUACUAUAGCCAUUGGGGACCAGCCAGCUAUGGGGCAGCAGAGCCACAUCCACUUUACAAUGGUGAUAUGUAAUUACAGUAAAACAUGCACUUUGAGAUUUCUGCAGACUUUGUGUACAACAUGUUUGUAGUGAUUUAGCUAUCUAAAAAGUGAAUUUAUAUAUACUAUUAUAACAAUAAUUUGUGAUGCUGUAGUGCAGGACUUCCCAACCCUGUUCAUGGAGAGCUAUCAUGCUGUAGGUUUUUGCUCCAACCCUAAUCUAGCACACCUGAUUCUAAUAAUUUGCGAAUUGAUAAGAUUUUUUUUUUUUUUGUCAUUUAGCAGACGCUCUUAUCCAGAGCGACUUACAGGAGCAAUUAGAGUUAAGUGCCUUGCUCAAGGGUACAUCAACAGAUUUUUCACCUAGUCAGCUCGGGGAUUAGAACCAGCAACCUUUCAUUUACUGGCACAACGCUCUUACCCACUAAGCUACCUGCAACCAUUAAUCAGGUUAGUAACACCUGGGGUUGGAGCGAAAUCCUACAGUAGGGUAGCUCCCCAGGAACAGGGUUGGGCAACCCUGCUGUAGAGCUUUGGUGGGUGUUGCUGUGCCGUUAGGGGGAUGUCAUUACGUUGCUUACUUUGUGGAUGGGAUGCUAGCAUAUCUAUAAAGUUUGUUCCUGAUGUGUAUUGUAGAUAACAUGUGGGGAGACUACCUGGAGAAGGGUCAGAUCUUGGAGAAGGCUGGUCUGCCCUCAGUAGACGUCCACGGGGCUGUGGAGAGCUUCGGCCUGUACGUCUCAGCUGACAUCGCUACCUCCUUCACCCUCCUGGUGGGAAUCUUCUUUCCCUCCGCCACAGGUAAGACCUGGCAACCCAGAGCCAUAACUGGUAACCCAGACCAUGAACUGGCAACACCAGACCAAUUGACCAGCUGGCAACCCAGAGACAUGUUUGUUCACUGAUUGGUUGAGUCAACAUUCUGAGUGUUGUCAGUAACUGAUGUGUGUCCUUCAUGUCCCUGUACUGUAGGUAUCAUGGCAGGCUCCAACAGAUCAGGAGAUCUGAAAGAUGCUCAGAAGUCCAUCCCUAUUGGAACCAUUUUGGCUAUAACCACUACUACCCUUGUCUGUAUCCUUCCAUGGAGUCAAUAGUCAAAUCAAAUCAGCGUUUAUUUGUCACGUGCACAGGAUACAGCAGGUGUAAACGGUACAGUGAAAUGCCUACCUGCAAGCUCUUCCUUGUCCAUAUCAAUAGGCAGUGUUGUGCCCAAGUUGUUCGAUGUCUAGAUACAUCUGUGUUCCAUACUGCAUGUGUUUCUGUAUGUUCCUUAACAUCCUGCCGUCAGAUUUCAGCUCUGUUGUUCUGUUUGGGGCCUGUAUUGAAGGAGUGGUCCUAAGGGACAAGUAAGUGAACCUGUCUGUAGCAUUAGGCCACAUCUUUGACAUCACAAGCUACAUUCAAGUCCAGACAAUGGCAUGUCUGCUUCUCAACAACAUAUAGUACAAAGCUUUUAAUUAUAUUUGUUGGUAUGGCAAAGCACUUCAAAUGCUGUGUUUGUUGGUAUUGAUAAUGGCCUCACUAACAGGUCCAUGUCCUCUCCUGUCCUGUAGGUUUGGGGAUGCAGUCAGUAAGAACCUGGUUGUGGGGACUCUGUCCUGGCCCUCCCCCUGGGUCAUCGUGAUUGGCUCCUUUUUCUCCACCGUGGGGGCGGGACUACAGUCCCUGACCGGCGCCCCUCGUCUCCUACAGGCCAUCGCCAAGGACAACAUCAUCCCCUUCCUUAGGGUAGGACCAGCCACCUCGGCAGGUAGCCUAGCGGUUAAGAGCAUUGGGACAGUAACCAAAAGGCAGCUGGUUCAAAUCCCAGAGCCGACUAGGUGAAAAAUAUGCCGAUGUGCUCUUGAGCAAGGCACUUAACCCUAAUUGCUCUGGAUAAGAGUGUUUGCUACAAUGUAAAAAAUUAUACACUGGCUAUCAGAGCCUUUGUGGUUGGAGCUGUAUUGUACAUACACACUGUUGUGUCAUUUCUAUAAAAUGCAGAGCUGUUAGUGGACCGGAAAACACAGCCAUAAUUCAAGGUUUCUCUAGCUGCCACCACUGUUUAUACACAUUGCUCGGCUCUAUGCCCGUGUAUGGUUACAGUGGCCCUACGAUAUGAUACACAACUACAAACUACAGUGAACAAGAGAAUCGAGUUGCGGAUGUCUUUGCUUACUCAUUUGAAUGAAGCUGAACAUAUGAGUUAAUUUGCAUUCCCACAUUUCAAUUCUUGUUGGUAGAAGAGGAUUAGCUAUAUAAAAGAAGGUAAUGUUAUGGUUGAGUAACCCUGGUCUAUGAUCAGCUUAAGCAACCAUGAAGAAUCAGGUACCAAAAACUGGCCUAGGACCAGCACUUAAAGGCCCAAUGCAGCUGUUUUUCAAUCAAUAUCAAAUCAUUUCUGGGUAACAAUUAAGUACCUUACUGUCAUAGUUUUCUAUUAAAAUAGAAAAAAAUAGCUUUUUUAGCAAAAAAUAUUUCUCAAGCAAGAAUUUAGCUAGGACUGUCUGGGAGUGGUCCGAGUGGGGUGGGGAAAACUAAAACUAGCUGUUAUUGGCAGGGAGGUUGGAACUCUAUUUGUUAUUGGUCUAUUAAAGCUGCACUAUGCAGAAAUCGCUCUGCCAUUUCCUGGUUGCUAAAAUUCGAAUAGUUUGCCUAAUUUCAGUUUAUGUGACAAAACAAGCGCACGUAUAGUGUAGAGAAUCAUUGUACCAUCUAAACCAUUGUGAAAUAUCUUUUCCAUAACCAAACAUAUAUUGUAUUUUCAGCUGUUUGAAGCUGGUGUGCAAAACUGAAAGUAAAAGACGCAAAAACAACACUUAAGAACUGGAAGCAUAUAAAUAAUGCACAUAGAACAUAUUUACCACUUCUUAGACUUGCUUUCAAUGAGAACGACGGAUCUCCCGAGUGGCGCCGUGGUCUAAGGCACUGCAUCGCAGUGCCAGCUGUGCCACAAGAGAUCCUGGUUUGAAUCCAGGCUCUGUCGUAGCCGGCCGCGACAGGGAGACCCAUGGAGCGGCGCACAAUUGGUCCAGGGUAGGGGAGGGAAUGGCCGGCAGGGAUGUAGCUCAGUUGGUAGAGCAUGGCGUUUGCAACGCCAGGGUUGUGGGUUCGAUUCCCACGGGGGGCCAGUAUGAAAAAUUUAAAUAUAAAAAUAACUAACUGUAAGUCGCUCUGGAUAAGAGCGUCUGCUAAAUGACUAAAAUGUAAAUCUAUAACUCACAUUUCUAUGUGAAUUUGGUCGGGUCGCCCAAAAAGUUACAUAUUGCAGCUUUAACCAAUUUACUGCCUGGUGAUGUCACCAGACAAGCCGAAACUCCCACCCUUGCAAACCUGCUGAUUAGGAGGUCCUGUGUAGAUUGUAUUUUCAAUCAGCAACUAUCAGGAAAUAACACUGAUUUUAAAAAAAAUAUACCACAUUGGCCUCCCGAGUGACGCAGCAGUCGAAGGCACUGCAUUGCGGUGCUUGAGGCGUCACUACAGACCUGGGUUUGAUCCCAGGCUGUUUCACAACCGGCUGUGACCGGGAGUCCCAUAGGGCAGCGCACAAUUGGCCCAGCAUUGUCCGGGUUAGGGGAGGGUUUUGCCAGGGGGGGGGGCUUUACUUGGCUCAUCGCGCACUAGCGACUCCUUGUGGUAGGCUGGGCACCUGCAGGCUGAUUUCGGCCGUCAGUUGAACGGCGUUUCCUCAGGCACAUUGGUGCAGCUGGCUUCCGGGUUAAGCGGGUGGGUGUUAAGAAGCGCAGUUUGGCGGGUCAUGUUUCGGAGGACGCAUGACUCAACCUUCACCUCUCCCGAGCCCAUUGGGGAGUUGCAGCGAUGAGAUAAGAUCGUAAUUGGAUAUUUACAGUUACAUUUUAGUCAUUUAGCAGACGCUCUUAUCCAGAGCAACUUACAGUUAGUGAGUGCAUAUAUUUUCAUACUAGUCCCCAGUGGGAAUUGAACCCACAACCCUGGCAUUGCAAGCACCAUGCUCUACCAACUGAGCUACACGGGAUAUCAUGAAAUUGGGGAGAAAAAAUAGGGUAAAAAAAAAUCUGCACACUUUUACAGUGUUAGUUUCAUCAGCCGUUGUACAAUCUGAUACAAAAAACAGUGAAAAGGCUUAAUUUUGACUGCACUGGGCCUUUAAAGCCACACAAUCCAUAAGUUAUCUGUCCCCUUGGCUACAAUACAACAAUUAACAAAUAAAAAACAAACAAACCAUUAAAAAAACAAUGAAUGUAUUUCAAAAAUACAUAUUUCUGUUAUCUGUAAAGAAAAUGGACAAUGAAGUGUAUAUUUUCUUAUUUCCUGGGGCAGGUGUUUGGUCAUGGCAAGGCCAAUGGGGAGCCAACCUGGGCACUGUUACUGACAGGACUCAUCGCUGAGCUGGGCAUCCUCAUAGCCUCUCUGGACAUGGUGGCCCCUAUCCUCUCCAUGUGAGUCACACACACACACACGUGCACGAAAUAGACUAAACACACAGGUGCAUGCACACAGACAAGGAAAAACACACACAUGCACGCACACAAACACACUAAACACACACAUGCAGACAUGCACACAACAAACAUGAUGAUUUAAAAACAGUCAAAUAGGGAUUAUUUCAACUCAUAUCCAUAUUCAUUACAUAAUGGUAUGUUGUGUGAACUUGCUGAACUUACUCCCAUCAGCCAAAGUCAUGUACCUUACAUGGGAGAAAACAGACUCUUGAUGACUCUACUUCCCCUCUCACACACUGUUAAUAAACCAUUUUCAAUGUGUGUGUAUCUAGUGGUUAUUCCACUCCAUCUCACAGAUGUUUUAAACAUUAUGGUCCUCUGUGGAGUACUUUGGGCGGCAGGUAGCCUAGCGGUUAAGAGGCUGGGCCAAUAACUGAAAGGUUGCUGGUUCAAAUUCCUGAGCUGACUAGGUGGAAAAUCUGUCAAUGUGCCCUUGAGCAAGGCACUUAACCCUACUUUCUCCUGUAAGUUGCUCUUGAUAAGAGUGUCUGUAAAAUGUACUUUAAUCAAAUCACUUACAUUUUAGACAACCACUUCACAAGUGAAACACCUCAUUCCAGCCAGGCACCGUGAACACACUCAGCACAAGUGGCUUUUUGUGGAAGGUCACCAAGUGCAGUGGUUCCCAAACUGUGGGUCCAGUUAUUUUUUUUGAUAUAUACAUUUUAAGGAACUCAAUCCGACUUUCAACUUACUGUUGAAGGUUAUAAUAGUAGAAUGCACAAGGUGAAAUUUCAAAAUUGAGUAGUGCAUCAUCAGUAUUCCUCUUGUCAUGUCGGUCAUUGCAUACCUUAGAGAGCUAUUUAUAACUCGUCAGAAAUGUCCAGAUCAACUAGCUCAUUUCAGGUAACGUUUUUUAGCUAGGUUUCAGUGCCCAUACAUUUUGUAGUAAUGUUCGAGUCACUCAAGUAUCACAUGAAUACACAUUAGACAUGGCAAAAUGUAUAGAAUUGCAGGAAAUAAGCUUUAAACCUGAAAAAAUGUCACUACACCAACAAGAGUGGUGUGAACAGUUUGUGUCAUGAACAGUGCUUGUGCCCACAGAAAUAGACGUUGUGCGCGUGCGGGAUGUUCCCCAAUGCUGGAAGGGGGGCCUGAGUGAAAAAGUUUGGAACCCCUGAUCUAGUGCACUUUCUUGUGCUUCUGUGUUUUGCCUUCAGUUGAGAUGUAUUUUAGCAGACUACUAGGCCUAUACAUCCUGCAACAAGUACAUAACUGGACAAUUAAUGUAUUGUAAUUCCAAAGCAAUAUUUCAAUGACUAAAUCGGUUUGGAAUUAAUUACAUUUUAUGGUGUGUGAUUUUUUUUCCGACAGGUUCUUCUUGAUGUGCUAUCUGUUUGUGAACUUAGCCUGUGCUGUGCAGACUUUACUACGGACACCCAACUGGAGGCCUAGGUUUAAAUAUUACCACUGGUAAGUACAGUACAGGUGUAUGUGCGUGGCUGUGUAUCCGAGCAUACUGUAUGUGAGCGAUGCAACACUCAUUUGUAUACGUGUGGGUGUGUUGGCUACACUUCCACUCCAUUUGAAUAAUCUACUUUGCUUUCCUGUUGACUGACUGGAGGACUUUAUGCAGACUCCAGCUAGAGAAGCAUUUUGUUCUCUGGUGUUCUGCAUGGUGACCUAGAAAGAAGGAACUUUACUGUAAUAAGCUUCAGUAGCUGAACAAGUAUAGCACCUGUCGUGGAAAUUCACCACUAAGGACUCAAACUCAAUGUAAAUGAAUCAAUCUUUAUUAGCACGGCCGGAGAGGUUCACAAACUCAAUCCAAGCUUGAUGAAAACUCUGAAAAGGGCGUUCCUUCUCAGUCCUUUGAUACUGCUAUACAAACAAGUCAUAUAAGCAUGAUUUUCAUUAUUCAUUAUUAACGUAGGUUCCUGCAUGUGACUGACGAGGCUUCUUCUCUCAAAGCUGGGACCUUGAAACUGAGAUCCUCCUUUUGGUCCCCAGAACAAUGUUCUGGGUGUACUGCCAAUUGGUCUGAGGAGGAGGUCACAGUCACGAACCAAGAUAGAGUGAGAGGAGAAGCUGUUUACAAUUCAAUGCUAGCUCUUCAGACAACAUACAUUUCCCUCACACAACAUUCCUCCUGAGUCCCUGUCAAAUGCAAAGAGUACUACAUUUAAAGUGCACAUUUUAGCAGAUACUCUUAUCAGAUCGACAGGUUUUUCACCUAGUUGGCUCGGGGAUUCGAACCAGUGACUUAUCGGUUACUGGCUCAAUGCUCUUAACCACUAGGCUACCUGCCACCCAUGUACUAUAGUAUAAUGAGUACUACACUACUGUGUGUUUCCCCCACAGGGCUCUGUCUUUUCUGGGUAUGAGUAUGUGUCUGGCUCUGAUGUUCAUCUCCUCCUGGUACUAUGCCAUCGUGGCCAUGUGCAUCGCUGGCAUGAUCUACAAGUACAUUGAGUACCAGGGGUAUGUCUGAACUCUUACCCGUCUCAUAACAUAAUUGUAUAUAAUUGGGUCACUGUAUGAGUUAGCUAUUUAGGCUAGAGUAUAUAUUCUGAUGCUGUCACUCUGUCUCUCUCUCAGAGCGGAGAAGGAGUGGGGAGAUGGGAUACGAGGUUUGUCCCUCAGUGCUGCGCGGUACUCUCUGCUACGGCUGGAGCAUGGACCACCUCACACUAAAAACUGGAGGUAAACAUCACUCCUCGUCCAUAGUCUUAGAUAUCUGGUAUCUCCAACUUCAGAUAUGCAUAACUACCUCUUCCUUGUCAUACAUUCUGUACUUUCUCUCACUCUACAGUUUAUACUGUUGUUGUUUUUUAGUAAAUCAAAUAAGUACUUCCAGGUAGAUUCUCACGUACUUUGUCUCUCUUGCCCCUCCACUCUCCAGGCCCCAGGUCCUUGUGCUGUUGAAGCUGGAUGAGGACCUCCAUGUGAAGUAUCCCCGUCUGUUGACCUUUGUCUCCCAGCUGAAGGCAGGGAAGGGCCUGACCAUAGUGGGCUCUGUCAUCCAGGGACAGUUCCUGGACAGCUACGGAGAAACACAGGCCUCUGAACAGGUAGAGAUAGAGCUGUAUCUUAUUUCUCCGACAGUCUACUGUGUGUACAAGAAAAAGACAUUUUGCCGUACUGUAGCUUUAUUGAAUCAGUUCAGGAUUGUUUGAAGGCUGUUACCAUCAUUGCUUGGUCAUACAGUCCACUUUACAAAGCUAUAAGAAAGAGAUCUAAUUUCUGUUGUCUCCUUUGCGCUGUCAGAAGAACCGAUGUGGAUGUGGUGGAGGAGUCAGGCGCAGGACACAGAGGAUUCGUCCAAAAUACUUUACUAGUCCAAAGUGCAACAAAACAAUACACGACCUCGAAAACAAAUGGAGGCGAGGGAAUUACGCAACAUGCGUAAAACAAUAAACAAAACUAACAGAGCGCAAACACGCAGCUCCGCACGACAGGCAAACAACAACACACAAUCUAACUAAUACAAAACAGGGAACUUAUAGGACACGUAAUCAGAACACAAACAGACACAGGUGUACAAGACAGACUAAAGCAAUCACACCCCGAAACAUACAACGGUGGCAGCUAGUACUCCGGGGACGGCGAACGGCGAAGCCUGCCCGAACCAGGAGGAGGAGCAGUCCCGGCCGAAACCGUGACAUGCGCCAAUAAGAAUAAGUGAGUUUAUUACCAGCUUUAUGAUUACCUGCAUUGUCUGCUCUCCUCCUCGUCAGGCCGUAAAGAACAUGAUGGAGAUUGAGCGGGUGAAGGGUUUCUGCCAGGUGGUUGUGGCGUCCAAGGUGAGGGAGGGCAUUGCCCACCUGAUCCAGUCCUGUGGCCUGGGGGGCAUGAAGCACAACACAGUGGUGAUGGGAUGGCCCUACGGCUGGAGGCAAAGUGAAGACCCCCGCGCAUGGAAGACAUUCAUUAGUAAGACUCUGAUUACUGUAGACUAGCCUGGUCCUACACAUGGAUCUGACCCGUUCCCCUAAAAAUGUUCUAAACAAUAACCUCAUCCCAGUUUCUCCAUGAGAGCAUUGGCCAUCUCUAUGUUUUUGUGGGUUUGGUGGACUGUCCUUCAGCCUGUAUAGUAUUUGAAGCAUUCCAUGCUGACUCUUUAGUUAACUGAUAGCAUCAGCAUUGAACUGUAUUACAUUACAUAUUACACAAAGUAAACAUAUUUACCUCUCUGUGCCCCUCCCCACAGACACAGUCCGCUGUACCACAGCAGCCCACCUGGCUCUGAUGGUGCCCAAGAACGUGUCCUUCUACCCCAGCAACCAUGAACGCUUCACAGAUGGCACCAUCGAUGUGUGGUGGAUCGUCCAUGACGGAGGAAUGCUCAUGCUGCUACCUUUCCUGCUCAAACAGCACAAGGUAAAGUCCAGCAGAAACUCUGGGAGCAUUUAUUGUUGGCCACCAUGACUUGAGAGAGACUAAAGGUGUAUGGAUUUGUUUGUUUAGAAAUGUAUCUACAUUUAAGCAGACGCUCUUAUCCAGAGCGACUUAAAGAAGCAGUUAGGGUUAAGUGCCUUGCUCAAGUGCACAUCGACAGCUUUUUCAGCUAGUUGGCUCUGGGAUUCGAACCAGAGACCUUUCAGUUACUGGCCCAACACUCUUAACUGCUAAGCUACUCCAUUCUUACCAUGGUGUGUGUUUCAGGUUUGGAGGAAGUGUAAGAUGCGUAUCUUCACUGUGGCCCAGAUGGAGGACAACAGUAUUCAGAUGAAGAAGGACCUGGCUACAUUCCUGUACCAGCUGAGAAUAGAGGCAGAGGUGGAGGUGGUGGAAAUGGUGAGAGAUGUUCCUCCUUAAAGCUAAUUAUGUCAUGAUGGUGGAGACGGUGAGAGAUGAACCUCCUUAAAUCUAAUUAUGUCAUUAUGGUGGAGAUGGUGAGAGAAUUUCCUCCUUAAGCCGAAUUAUGAAGAUGGUGAGAUGUUCCUCAUUAAACCAAAUUAUGUCAUGAUAGUAGAGAUUGGGAGAGAUGUCCCUCCUUAAACCUAAUUAUGUUAUGAUAGUGGAGAUGGUGAGAGAUGUCCCUCCUUAAACCUAAUUAUGUCAUGAUAGUGGAGAUGGGAAGAGAAGUACCUCAUACCAGGAGUCUAACAUGCAAUCCAACUGAGUUUCCAUUUUUAAAUCACUUCUCUCCCCUUAGUGUAUUCAAAGGUCAGGUAUUUACGUACUACCAUGUUAAUUGUUUCAGCAUGACAGCGACAUCUCGGCCUACACGUAUGAGAGGACUCUGAUGAUGGAGCAGAGGUCUCAGAUGCUCAGACAGAUGAGGCUGUCCAGCGCAGAGCGAGAAAGAGAGGUACAUCUUACACAUCCACAAACAUCCACAGAAUUACACCUGUCAGACCAAACAUACUUAACAAUAGUUGUGGACCACAGUGAAGGACAUAUUGAGCUGGUUUCCCAGACCCAGAAGUCUUCUCCUGUAUUUAAUCAUCCUCAGUUGGAGAAUCUCCAUUGAAAGUGUGAUUUAGCCCAGUAGCAGGUUCAUCCCAAAGGUGUUCGAUGGGGUUGAUGUCAGGGCUAUGUACAGGCCAGUCAAGUUCUUCCACACCGAUCUCGACAAACCAUUUCUGUAAGGACCUUGCUUUGUGCACAGGGGCAUUGUCAUGCUGAAACAGGAAAGGGCCUUCCCCAAACUGUUGCCACAAAGUUGUAAGAACAGAAUCAUCUAGAAUGUAAUUGUAUGCUGUAGCGUUAAUAUUUCCCUUCACUGGAACAAAGGGGCCUAGCCCGAACCAUGAAAAACAGCCCCAGACUAUUAUUCCUCCUCCACCAAACUUUACAGUUGGGGCAGGUAGCGUUCUCCUGGCAUCCGCCAAACCCAGAUUUGUCCGUUGGACUGCCAGAUUGUGAAGCAUGAUUCAUCACUCCACUGCUCCAGAGUCCAAUUGCGGCGAGCUUUACACCACUCCAGCCGACGCUUGGCAUUGCGCAUGGUGAUCUUAGGAUUGUGUGCGGCUGCUUGGCCAUUGAAACCCAUUUCAUGAAGCUCCCGACAAACAGUUACUGUGCUGACGUUGCUUCCAGAAGCAGUUUGGAACUCGGUAGUGAGUGUUACAACCGAGGACAGACACUUUUUAUGCGCUACUCGCUUCAACACUCGGUGGUUCCCGUUCUGUGAGCUUGUAUGACCUACCACUUUGCGGCUGAGCCGUUGUUGUUCCUAGACGUUUCCACUUCAAAAUAACACCACUUACAGUUGACCGGGGCAGCUCUAGCAGGGCAGAAAUUUGACGAACUGACUUGUUGGAAAGGUGGCAUCCUAUGACGGUGCCACGUUGAAAGUCACUGAGCUCUUCAGUAAGGCCAUUCUACUGCCAAUGUUUGUCUAUGGAGAUUGCAUGGCGGUAUGCUCGAUUAUACACCUGUCCGCAACGGGUGUGGCUGAAAUAGCCGAAUCCACUAAUUUGAAGGGGUGUCCACAUACUUUUGUAUAUAAAGUGUAUCUACACUAGCAUUAAAUGAAGCAAUGUAUGGCCAUGCAUUUCAAGUAACUCUGGUAUGGACAUUAGGACAUUGUAUCCCCUGCACUCUGCCCCCUAUAGGCCCAGCUGGUAAAGGACAGACACUCUCUGAUCCGUAUGGGCAGCCUGUACUCAGACGAGGAGGAGGAGGUGGUGGAGCCUGUAGCUGAUAAGAUCCAGAUGACCUGGACCAAGGAGAAGUACGAGGCAGAAAGGAGGAACAGGAACAACGCACCAGAGAACUUCAGAGAACUCAUGAGCCUCAAACCGUGAGUCACUUGUUGUUGGUCUAUUGGAAGGCCAGGAGUUUUUCUUGACCCACGUGAUCUGACUAGGAAAACCCCCAGGCCUUUCACGUGGUUAGGAAAAUCUCCAUCCGGCCCCAUCUGAGGUAGUCCACUCUCUCUAGUCUUCCUUCUUCUCUCUCUUUUUUUCUGCUUCUGUUGUCUUGCAGACAGAGAAUGGUUCAUCCUGUGAGUGAUGUGUUAUUCUGAUCACUCUGAGUCUGUAAGUUCCUGUUAGUAAUAUGUUAUUCUGAUCACUCGGAGUCUGUAAGUUCCUGUUAGUAAUAUGUUAUUCUGAUCACUCGGAGUCUGUAAGUUCCUGUUAGUAAUAUGUUAUUCUGAUCACUCUGAGUCUGUAAGUUCCUGUUAGUAAUAUGUUAUUCUGAUCACUCGGAGUCUGUAAGUUCCUGUUAGUAAUAUGUUAUUCUGAUCACUCUGAGUCUGUAAGUUCCAUGCAAUGAAUUGGAAUGGCGGGGUGGGGUGAGCUUUGGUAUGUGGACUGCACUUGAUGUCUUUCUGCUUUAUGACUGAGUUGGUUCAUGCUGUUCACUGUUAGAUAUCUGAACAUUAUUCCACGGCAUUGUUAAAGGGAUAGUUCACCCAAAUUACAAAAUUACAUAUUGGUUUUCUUACUUUGUAAGCAGUCUAUGUACAAGGUAUGACAGCAAUCCAUGCUUUAGUAUAGUUUCCCUGGCACCAUUUCCACAUGCUAACGUUUUAGCAUUUGUGGCACAAAUCCCAUUAAAAUCAUGGUAUCGAUAUAACAUUUCUUGCACAUCAUGUUCAAAACUUCUAUAAGGUACUUUUUUGAGGUUCAAAAUCAAUUUUAGAUACUUUCGGAUGAUUUGGACAUGAUGUGUGAAAAAUGAUAAUAUCGGUCCCAUGACUUGAAUGGGACUUGUGCCACAAAUGCUAAAACUUUAGCAUGUGGAAACAGAGCCAGGGAAACUGGAUUGCUGUCAUACUUUGUCUAUAGACUGCAUUCAGGGUAAGGAAACCAAUGUGUAAUUUGGGUGAACUAUCCCUUUAAAUACUUGAAUGUUCUGGAUUGCAUUGUAACAUCUGUAUGUGGUUGUGUCCCAGGGACCAGUCCAAUGUGCGGCGGAUGCACACGGCAGUGAAGCUGAACGAGGUAAUCGUCAACAAGUCCCAUGAUGCUCGUCUGGUGCUGCUCAACAUGCCGGGGCCGCCACGCAACACAGACGGAGACGAGAACUGUAUCCUUCACUAACAGCUGCUCUCAAUUUACUGGACAACACUGGUCUUAGAGGUCUGUGUGGUACAAUAUUUCAUUUUUUAGGACAGUUUUAGGGCUCAUUAUGGGGUUAGGGAGUGUAAUUUGGGGUUGAGUGUAGCAUGAGUUGUGUAAAAGAUGACCGAAUGAGUAUUAGUAGAUGGCCAGCCAGCAUGCACGAAAUAUUUGGCUAUGUCUACCGAGAUGAAAGACUACUGGCUUUUGAGCUGAACAUCAAAUCAAAGUUAAUUGGUCACGUACACAGAUUUGCAGAUGUAAUCGCAGGUGCAGCGAUGCAGAGCAGAGUUGCUGGUUAUAGCAGUGCUUAACUCUGGCCCAGAUAUGGAGUUUCUGGAGGUGCUGACGGAAGGUUUGGAGAGAGUGCUGCUGGUGAGAGGAGGAGGACGAGAGGUCAUCACUAUCUACUCCUGACCUAUCAGAAACCACUGGGGUCAUAGGUCAUGAUACUGCCUCGACAGGAAACAUUCCACCCCGACCACCGGGGGCACUGCAGCACCGGCAGCAGCAUCCAGCCGAUCCUCAACAUACAGUACACACAAACUGUGCCAAUUAAUGAUGGAAUUAAGAGGACUUUUAUUGUGGAAUUUGAGGACCACAGAAAGCAAUAAUAAUUUGCCUGGCAUUUCUGUGGAAUGUAUUGCCUUCCACGAGGACAGUAGCCUUUAAAGAUGACAUGCUAUAAUUCCCUCAUAUGAAUGCCUUAUUGCCAAGGCAACUAAAGCUUGUGUCAUUCACAAACCUAUUUCUGCAAUAGGAGACCACUAACAACUGCUACUUUUACACAUACAUCCAUCAAACAUUAAUUUUCUAUGUCGACUGAGUCAGUAUUUUUGUAUUUUUUUGCAGAAAAUAAAUUAUGGUGGGCUUUCCCUCAUCAAGGAUUAGCUUGCCAGAUAGCGCAUAGUCUUGGGUGGGCCGUAUGAAGGCCUCUGUGUAGAGUGCCAAUUUGAGUCCUUUUUUGGUUGGUGGAAUAAUAACUUUUAUAUUUAUUUUCUUAUUUAUUUUCUCUAUCUUCCCCCGAUGAGGUUAAGAUUUUUCGGAUUGUAGAUAAUGAACAAAGAAAUGCCAGUUGGGGUAUUUCAACAGAUGGCAGAGACAGAGCUUGUAAAUGUAGAUGCCAGAGAUUGUUUUGAAAUCAUUUUGAUUUAUGAUUAUUGUAAUUGUAAUUGUAAUUGUUGAAAGAGAAGAGGUUUUACAUCAUUCAAUGUAAUGUAUAGUUGUUGAUCUGCUAUUUCUGUACAAAAGUCAUUAUGAUAGGCAUGAAGAAUACUUUCUGGGCCACCUGAACGAACAGAGUAGCAUACGCACACAUUUCCUUUUAUUUCUUGUAGACUGCAAGAGCUGUAAAAAAGGAAGAGUACUUAUCUGAACGUGGCAAUAAAAUCAUGAUUCAUUUCCAUAUUCAACCAGAAUGUAAUUUUCUUGACUUCAGAUAUAUCAAUGUGUUCACAAAAUAAGAUGGUAGAAAAACAGAAAACUCAAAGCAUUAUUUACUUAAGAGAAAGGCAAAAUAAAUAUGAUAUAACCUAUGAUAUGAAUACAGAAUACAACAUUCCUGAGAUGACUGUAGGAGGCAUUACAGUAUAUUAACAUGUUAGUUACAUACCGUUUCACUGUACCCUCUUGUGAGGAAAUGUUACAAUAAUCUUAAUGUUAAGAUGAAAUCUUCACUUGCUAUGAAAUAGUUUCAUUGUGACAAUCAAGUUUGUGUGAUGAACCUCAAGGUCUGUGUCCUCAGAUAAAUAAAGCUAAAUGCCUCAGUAUGACCUUGUAAAUGCCUCAGAAUGACCUUGUGGCCUUGACUGUAUCAAUAAACAAACAUAACAUAACAACAUAUAUUUUUAUAAUGAGAUAUGUAAAAAGAGUUCAACGUGUUGAACUCAAUGUAAUAUAGUGCAAAGUUCAUGCAGAGCUUUGUGUAAAUAUACAACUCCUUCAAGGUCAAAAUGACCGAAACUAAAAAUGAGGUAAAGUUCUUUGUAGGCCAGAUCACAUCUGCAUGUAAGCAAGUGACACAGUAAACACGGUAAAGCUAGGCUUGUAACUGUCGGAGAAACAUGGUUGUAGUGUAAUAUAACACUACUAAUACAACACUAGUAGUACUACUAAAUAGGUGCCAGUACUAAUUUUGGGUGCAAGUACUGUUUAUAUUUAGGUGCAGGAGCU